UUCCAAUUAAACGCCAGUUCCCUUGGUUCGUCGUGGAUCGCCGUCUGGGCUUCGAAGUCCCAUGGAGAACGUUUAAGUCGUAUGGCUUCUGAGGGAAACAGGGUGCUUGGCUUGCUUGGGAAUCCCUUGGAAAACUUACAAAGUUUAUGAAUUUUCAUUAAUUUAAAAAGGAAGUAGCCUUUGCAGUGAACGUCCAUUUGAUUGGGCUGACAGUCAGAGCCACAUUACUGGUAAAUCAGUUCAACUCCCAUAUUGAAACUGACAACAACAUACAAAAAGCAUUUUAAGCAGUUGCAACAGCAUAGAUAAACAUGGAAAGUCCACACUACACCUUAUCGAAUGACGAUCUUCAGGACAUUUGCGAUGCCUUCGCCCUUUGUGAUCCUCAGAAGACUGGAAGGAUCGGUGCAGAAGAUUUGGGAACAGUUAUGCGCGCUCUCGGCCAGAACCACACCGAGUCGGAAAUCUACAGAUAUUCCGAGGGACUCGAAGGAGACGUCAAUGGGUACAUAGAACUUGGCGAUUUUAUCGAGCUGAUGACUAAAAUCUACAAAAUUAUGAGCCACGUUGACUAUUUGAAGGCAGCUUAUAAUGCCUUCGAUACCGAUAAGGAUGGUUUUAUAUCAUAUACCGAUCUACGUCACGUUUUUGCCAAUGUUGGCGAAAAAAUAUCCGACGAAGAGUUCGAUGAUGUGUUUCGUCAGGCUGAUACGGAUGGCGAUGGCGUUAUUAACUUUCGGGACUUUUAUAAUGCCUAUAGAUCCUGAAUACUCAUAUUCUCAAAUUUAAAUUGUUGUGGCGCCCUGAUUAUAUACAUAUUUAUACAUUCAAUAAAAUCAUACUAGUCUGUUGUAAAA